AUGCAACCUCCAAACGUGACUGGUUCAUUGCACAUGAGACAUGCUAUGUUUGUAACUCUUGAGGAGCUUGAGUCAGUGGAAGGACAAGAUCAGGUGAUAGAGAUGUAUAUGAAUGAGGAAGUCAGUGAACUUAAGAAAGAAAUAGAAGAACUAGAGCAUUUAUUGCAGGAUGAAGAGAAAUGUAGAGCUGCAAUCGCGAAGCUGAACCCCAACAAUAACAGGAGCCACGAAAGAAUAUUGGAAAUUAGUAUCACAGUAAAAGGAGAUGGACCGAUUGUGUUAGUUAUAGCUCCAACUUGUGAACUUGCUGUUCAAAUACAACAAGAAGCAACUAAAUUUAGCACAACUUCAAAGAUUAAGAAUACUUGCAUUUAUGGUGGGGUUCCAAAGGUUCCUCAAGUUCGUGAUUUACAUAAAGGUGUUCAUAUUAUCAUUGCUACACCUGGAAGAUUGAUUGAUAUGUUGGAGUCUCAUCAUACAAACCUGAGGAGGGUGACUUACCUUGUGUUGGAUGAGGCAUAUAGGAUGCUUGACAUGGGUUUUGAACCUCAAAUGAAAAAAAUUGUUUCACAGGUUUGUGAAUUAUGCGACCAGGAACUUUAUAAAGGGGAAGAAAAGAAUGAGAUACGUUUAGGUGUUUGUUCUAGAAGCAAUGAUGUGAUUGAACCUAUGAUUAAGCCUCAGUGGUAUGUCAACUGCAAUGGUAUUGCUAAAGAAGCUCUUGAUGUUGUAAUGGAUGAAAAUAACAAGAAAAUUGAUAUACUUCCAAAACAGUAUGCUGCUGAAUGGAAAAGAUGGCUUGAGAACAUUUGUGAUUGGUGUGUAUCAAGGCAGCUUUGGUGGGGCCACCGAGUUCCUGCACGGUAUGUGACAUUGGAGGAUGAUAAACUGAAAGAGCUUGGAGCAUACAUGGAUCAUUGGGUGGUUGCUAGGGAUGAGAAAGAGGCUGAAGCUGAGGCUAGAAAGGUCUUUUCAGGGAAAAAGUUUGAAUUGGUUCAAGAUCCUGAUGUUUUAGACACCUGGUUUUCUUCAGGGCUUUUCCCUUUAUCUGUAUUGGGGUGGCCUGAUGAUACUCAAGAUUUGAAGACUUUUUAUCCAACUGCUGUUCUUGAAACUGGGCAUGACAUUUUGUUCUUUUGGGUUGCUGCUAUGGUGAUGCUUGAGAUGAUAUUCAGGAGGCGAUGUACCUUUCCAAAAGGGCAUGGUGGAGGCUCUGCUGAGCUGGCAGAGUACGAACAAGAGUCAUUUUUAGGCAAAGGUGAAGCUACUGCUUGA